AUGGCUCCGACGACGGAGGAUGAUGAUGCUGAGCCGACGCCAGGGGGAGCCGCGGAUGCCGCCGCGACUGGAGGCGAGACGUCGGAGGCGAAUGCGGCUGAGGGCGACAAGAAGAAGGAGUACUCGAUGGGCAUCGACCUCGGCACCACCUACUCGUGCGUGGGCGUGUUCAAGGACGCCGAGGUGCACAUCGUCGCAAACGACAUGGGCAAUCGCACCACGCCGUCGUACGUGGCCUGGACGGACAAGGAGCGCCUGAUCGGAGACGCCGCGAAGAAUCAGGUUGCCAACAACCCCACGAAUACCGUGUUCGAUGCCAAGCGUCUGAUCGGCCGAAAGUUUUCGGACCCUGUGGUGCAGAAGGACAUCGAGUUGUGGCCCUUCAAGGUCGUCUCCGAUGGCUCCAAGGACGACAAGCCAAUCAUACAGGUUACGUUCCAGGAUGUGACGAAGAGCUUUCACCCUGAGGAGAUAUCCUCCUUGGUGCUGUCGAAGAUGAAGCAGACAGCAGAAGCCUUUGUCGGUCAGCGAAUCAAGAAUGCCGUCAUCACCGUGCCUGCCUAUUUCAACGAUUCUCAGCGGCAGGCCACCAAGGACGCCGGCGAGAUCGCCGGGAUGACCGUGCAGAGAAUCGUGAACGAGCCGACCGCUGCUGCCAUCGCGUACGGCCUGGACCACGUCGACAGCAAGGGUGGCCCGGGAGAAGAAGUCAACAUAUUGGUGUUCGACAUGGGCGGCGGUACGUUCGACGUGUCCAUCCUGACGAUCCAGGACAGCGUGUUCGAGGUGAAGGCCACGGCCGGAGACCCGCACCUGGGCGGCGAGGACUUCGACAACCGCCUGCUCAGCCACUGCAUCGCGGAGUUCCGCCGCAAGUUCAAGUCCGACCCGUCGGGCAAUCAGCGCGCGCUGCGUCGGCUGCGGACCCACUGCGAGAGGGCCAAGAGGCAGCUGUCCACAGCCCCCUCGACGAACAUCGAGAUAGACUCGCUGCACGAGGGGCACGACUUCAGCACCCGCAUCUCGCGGGCGAGGUUCGAGGAGCUCUGCAUGGAUUAUUUCAAGAAGGCAAUGGAGCCGGUCAGUCAGUGUUUGGCCGACAGCCGGUUUCCUAAGUCGAAGAUCCACGAGGUAGUGAUGGUGGGCGGCUCCACGCGCAUUCCGAAGGUGCAGGAGAUGAUCAAGGCUUUUUUCAACGAGAAGGAGCUAUGCAAAGAUAUCAAUCCCGACGAGGCGGUUGCCUACGGUGCGGCAGUGCAAGCCGCCAUCGUGUCCGGGGCGGGCACCUCACAGGUACAGAACAUGUUAUUGUUGGACGUCGCGCCUUUGUCAUUGGGCCUCGAGACCGCAGGCGGCAUGAUGCAAAAGCUAAUCGAACGCAACAGUACGAUUCCCACCAACAAAAGCCAAGACUUCACGACCACUGAUGACUACCAAGACCAUGUAGAUAUAGCGGUGUACGAGGGCGAGCGGACGCUGGUGAAGGACAACAACUAUCUUGGCAAGUUCACUCUGACAGAUAUCCCCAAGACCCUGCGUGGUGUGCCGAAGAUCAAGGUCACAUUCAAUAUUGACCCGAACGGAAUAUUGGAGAUCACUGCAGAGGACGUGAAGUCGCACACCAAGAGCUCGAUCACCAUCACCAACGAGAAGGGCAGACUCUCGCAGAACGACAUCGAGAAGAUGUUGGACGAGGCCGACAAGUACAAAGACGAGGACGAGCUUGCCAAGGGCGAGAUCGUGGCCAAGGAAUCGCUGAAAGCGUACAUCGUGCGCCUCAGGAAGGCGAUCGAGGACAUCAGCGAGGACAAGUUGCUCCAGCGCGACCGCGAACGCCUCUCCAGGAGAAAGCAGAGGAUGCAGAGAAUUGGCUUCGCAAGGAGGGUGCCAAGUCAGCGAGAGAUGACUUCGAGUCGAAGCAGAAGGAGCUGGAGGCGGUGA